AGGAGGAGGCAUGGCGACCCCAGCAGGGCGCCCUCCUGGAGGCCGAUGCUUCGGAGGAGGCGGGCAUGCUGCCGGCCUCCCCGCGCGCCGCCGCCACCGGCUUCGACAACUUUUUCCCGGUGCAGGAGGGCGAGGGCCCAGGCUGGGAGGGCGGCGCGGCCCUGGAGGCCGGCUCAAGCCCCUUCCUGCCCGUGAGCCCCGAGGUCAUGAAGCGGCGGCGCGGGGGCCUCAUCGAGCAGCGCGACAUCAUCAAGGCCCACGAGGCGCACAAGAUGCAGAGCACCCCGCAGGCGCGGCGCAAGGAGUGGGAGAUGGCUCGCUUCGGGGAGGCGGUGGUCAUCGGCAGGCCCGGGUCCGGUGAUGGAGACUCGGACCAGAGCAGGAACCGGCAAGGAACCCCAGUACCUGCCUCAGGGCCGGCGGCCGCCUACAAGCAGUCGAAAGCGCAGAGGGCUCGGACUAUGGCUUUGUACAACCCCAUCCCUGUCCGGCAGAACUGUUUCACCGUCAACCGAUCCCUGUUCAUCUUCGGAGAAGAUAACAUUGUCAGGAAAUACGCCAAGAAGCUCAUCGAUUGGCCGCCGUUUGAGUACAUGAUCCUGGCCACCAUCAUUGCCAACUGCAUCGUGCUGGCCCUGGAGCAGCACCUGCCAGAAGAUGACAAGACCCCGAUGUCCCGCAGACUGGAGAAGACAGAACCUUAUUUCAUUGGGAUCUUCUGCUUUGAAGCUGGGAUCAAAAUUGUGGCCCUAGGGUUCAUCUUCCACAAGGGCUCUUAUCUUCGCAAUGGCUGGAAUGUCAUGGACUUCAUCGUGGUCCUCAGUGGCAUCCUGGCCACAGCGGGGACCCACUUCAACACACACGUGGACCUGAGGACCCUGAGGGCUGUGCGCGUGCUGAGGCCGCUGAAGCUCGUGUCAGGGAUCCCUAGCCUGCAGAUUGUUCUGAAGUCCAUCAUGAAGGCCAUGGUGCCUCUGCUGCAGAUCGGCCUUCUGCUCUUCUUUGCCAUUCUGAUGUUCGCCAUCAUCGGCUUGGAGUUCUACAGUGGGAAGCUGCACCGAGCGUGCUUCAUGAACAAUUCAGGUAUUCUAGAAGGAUUUGACCCCCCUCACCCAUGUGGUGUGCAGGGCUGCCCAGCUGGCUAUGAAUGCAAGGACUGGAUCGGCCCCAACGAUGGGAUCACGCAGUUUGACAACAUCCUUUUUGCUGUGCUGACUGUAUUCCAGUGCAUCACCAUGGAAGGGUGGACCACCGUGCUGUACAAUACCAAUGAUGCCUUAGGAGCCACCUGGAAUUGGCUGUACUUCAUACCCCUCAUCAUCAUUGGAUCCUUCUUUGUUCUUAACCUAGUCCUGGGAGUGCUUUCAGGGGAAUUUGCCAAAGAGAGAGAGAGGGUGGAGAACCGAAGAGCAUUCAUGAAGCUACGGCGCCAGCAGCAGAUUGAGCGAGAACUGAAUGGCUACCGUGCCUGGAUAGACAAAGCAGAGGAAGUCAUGUUGGCCGAAGAAAACAAAAAUGCGGGGACCUCGGCCUUGGAAGUGCUCCGGAGGGCCACGAUCAAGCGCAGUCGGACGGAGGUCAUGACCCGAGACUCCAGCGAUGAACACUGCGUCGACAUCUCGUCCGUGGGCACACCUCUGGCCCGAGCUAGUAUCAAAAGUGCCAAGGUGGACGGGGCCUCCUACUUCCGGCAUAAGGAAAGGCUCCUUCGAAUCUCCAUUCGCCACAUGGUUAAAUCCCAGGUGUUCUACUGGAUUGUGCUGGGCGUCGUGGCUCUCAACACUGCCUGCGUGGCCAUUGUCCAUCACAACCAGCCCCCGUGGCUCACCCACCUCCUCUACUAUGCAGAAUUUUUGUUUCUGGGGCUCUUUCUCUUGGAGAUGUCUGUGAAGAUGUACGGCAUGGGGCCUCGGCUCUAUUUCCACUCUUCAUUCAACUGCUUUGAUUUCGGGGUCACUGUGGGCAGUAUCUUUGAAGUCGUCUGGGCAAUCUUCAGACCUGGCACCUCUUUUGGAAUCAGUGUGCUACGAGCUCUACGGCUUCUAAGAAUAUUUAAAGUCACCAAGUAUUGGGCAUCCCUGCGGAAUCUGGUGGUCUCCUUGAUGAGUUCCAUGAAAUCCAUCAUCAGUCUACUCUUCCUCCUCUUCCUCUUCAUCGUCGUCUUUGCUCUCCUGGGAAUGCAGCUGUUUGGAGGCAGGUUUAACUUCAAUGAUGGAACUCCCUCGGCAAAUUUUGACACCUUUCCUGCAGCUAUCAUGACGGUGUUUCAGAUCCUGACGGGUGAGGACUGGAACGAGGUGAUGUACAAUGGAAUCCGUUCCCAGGGCGGGGUCAGCUCAGGCAUGUGGUCAGCCAUCUACUUCAUUGUACUCACCUUGUUUGGAAACUAUACCCUACUGAAUGUGUUCUUGGCCAUUGCUGUAGACAAUCUGGCCAACGCCCAAGAGCUGACCAAGGAUGAGCAGGAGGAAGAGGAGGCCUUCAACCAGAAGCACGCGCUGCAGAAGGCCAAGGAAGUCAGUCCGAUGUCUGCGCCCAACAUGCCUUCGAUUGAAAGAGACAGAAGGAGAAGACACCACAUGUCGAUGUGGGAGCCACGCAGCAGCCACCUGAGGGAGCGGCGGCGCCGCCACCACAUGUCCGUGUGGGAACAGCGCACCAGCCAGCUGCGGAGGCACAUGCAGAUGUCCAGCCAGGAGGCGCUCAACAAAGAGGAGGCCCCCCCAAUGAACCCCCUGAACCCUCUCAACCCCCUCAGCCCCCUCAACCCCCUCAAUGCCCACCCCAGCCUCUACCGUAGAGCCCGGCCCCUCGAGGGCCUAGGCCCGGGCCUGGAGAAGUGUGAGGAGGAGCGCACCCGCCGAGGGGGGUCCCUCAAGGGGGACGGAGGUGACCUUGACAACCAGCGGAGCCCCUUGUCUCUGGGCAAGCGGGAGCCACCAUGGCUGGCCAGGCCCUGUCAUGGGAACUGUGACCCCAGCCAGCAGGAGACGGGGGGAGGAGAGACAGUAGUGACCUUCGAGGACCGGGCCAGGCGCAGGCAGAGCCAGCGGCGCAGCCGGCACCGCCGUGUCAGGACAGAAGGCAAGGAGCCCUCCUCAGUCUCCCGGAGCCGGUCCGCCAGCCAGGAGCGGAGCCUGGAUGAAGGUGUGCCUGCCGACGGAGACAAGGACCGGGAGCUGCGGGGCAGCCACAUGGCCAAGGAGCCCACGAUCCAAGAAGAAGAGAGAGCCCAGGAUUUGAGGAGGACAAACAGCCUAAUGGUGCCCCGAGGUUCUGGGCUGGUGGGAGUCCUCGAUGAGGCAGAGGCCCCUCUGGUCCCCGCCCCUCCAGAGGCACCAGUGGAGAAGGACGAGGCACUGGCAGAGCAGGAGCCAGAGGGCAGCAGUGAGCAAGCCCUCCUGGGGGAUGUGCAGCUGGACGUGGGCCGGGCCAUCAGCCAGAGCGAGCCAGACCUCUCCUGCAUCACACCCAACACGGACAAAGCCACAGAGAGCGCCAGCGUCACCGUGGCCAUCCCUGACGUGGGACCCCUGGUGGAUUCUACGGUGGUGCACAUUAGUAACAAGACUGACGGAGAGGCCAGUCCCCUGAAGGAGGCAGAGCUCAAAGAGGAGGAGGAGGUGGUGGUGGAGAAGAAGAAGCGUGAGACGGGCAAAGCCAUGGUGCCCCACAGCUCCAUGUUCAUCUUCAGCACCACCAACCCGAUCCGGAGAGCCUGCCACUACAUCGUGAACCUGCGCUAUUUUGAGAUGUGCAUCCUGCUGGUGAUCGCCGCCAGUAGCAUCGCCCUCGCCGCGGAAGACCCUGUCCUCACCAACUCUGAGCGCAACAAAGUCCUGAGGUAUUUUGACUAUGUUUUCACUGGCGUGUUCACCUUUGAGAUGGUCAUAAAGAUGAUAGACCAGGGCUUGAUCCUGCAGGACGGCUCCUACUUCCGAGACCUGUGGAACAUCCUGGAUUUUGUGGUGGUGGUUGGAGCCCUGGUGGCCUUUGCUUUGGCGAACGCUCUGGGAACCAACAAGGGGCGGGACAUCAAGACCAUCAAGUCUCUGCGGGUGCUCCGAGUUCUGAGGCCGUUGAAAACCAUCAAGCGUCUGCCCAAGCUCAAGGCUGUCUUUGACUGUGUGGUGACCUCCUUGAAGAACGUCUUCAACAUACUCAUCGUCUACAAACUCUUCAUGUUCAUCUUUGCCGUCAUCGCCGUCCAGCUCUUCAAAGGGAAGUUCUUUUAUUGCACAGACAGCUCCAAGGACACAGAGAAGGAGUGCAUAGGCAACUACGUUGAUCAUGAGAAAAACAAGAUGGAGGUGAAGGGCCGGGAAUGGAAGCGCCAUGAAUUCCACUACGACAACAUUAUCUGGGCCCUGCUGACUCUCUUCACCGUCUCCACCGGGGAAGGAUGGCCGCAGGUUUUGCAGCAUUCUGUCGAUGUGACCGAGGAGGACCGGGGCCCGAGCCGCAGCAACCGCAUGGAGAUGUCCAUCUUUUAUGUGGUCUACUUUGUGGUCUUCCCCUUCUUCUUCGUUAACAUCUUUGUGGCCCUCAUCAUCAUCACCUUCCAGGAGCAAGGGGACAAGAUGAUGGAGGAGUGCAGCCUGGAGAAGAACGAGAGGGCGUGCAUUGACUUCGCCAUCAGUGCCAAGCCUCUCACCCGCUACAUGCCGCAGAACCGGCACACCUUCCAGUACCGCGUCUGGCACUUUGUGGUGUCGCCAUCCUUCGAGUACACCAUCAUGGCCAUGAUCGCUCUGAACACGGUCGUGCUCAUGAUGAAGUACUAUUCUGCUCCCUGUACCUAUGAACUGGCUCUCAAGUACCUGAACAUCGCCUUCACCAUGGUCUUUUCCCUGGAAUGUGUCCUGAAGAUCAUUGCCUUUGGCUUCCUGAACUAUUUCCGAGAUACCUGGAAUAUAUUUGACUUCAUCACCGUGAUUGGCAGUAUCACAGAAAUUAUCCUGACAGACAGCAAGCUGGUGAACACCAGUGGCUUCAAUAUGAGCUUCCUGAAGCUCUUCCGAGCUGCCCGCCUCAUAAAGCUUCUGCGACAGGGCUACACCAUCCGCAUUUUACUGUGGACCUUUGUGCAGUCUUUCAAGGCCCUCCCCUACGUCUGUCUCCUGAUCGCCAUGCUGUUCUUCAUCUACGCCAUCAUCGGGAUGCAGGUCUUUGGAAACAUAAAAUUAGAUGAGGAGAGUCACAUCAAUCGACACAACAACUUCCGGAGCUUCUUUGGGUCCCUCAUGCUACUCUUCAGGAGUGCCACAGGUGAGGCCUGGCAGGAGAUUAUGCUGUCGUGCCUCGGGGAGAAAGGCUGUGAGCCCGACACCACGGCACCGUCGGGGCAGAGCGAGAACGAGCGCUGCGGCACCGACCUGGCCUACGUCUACUUUGUCUCCUUCAUCUUCUUCUGUUCCUUUCUGAUGCUCAACCUGUUUGUGGCUGUCAUCAUGGACAACUUUGAGUAUCUGACUCGAGACUCCUCCAUCCUGGGACCUCACCACCUGGAUGAGUUUGUCCGCAUCUGGGCGGAGUACGACAGAGCUGCAUGUGGCCGCAUCCAUUACACUGAGAUGUAUGAAAUGCUGACUCUCAUGUCACCACCGCUAGGCCUCGGCAAGAGAUGUCCCCCCAAAGUGGCAUAUAAGAGACUGGUCCUGAUGAAUAUGCCUGUCGCCGAGGACAUGACUGUCCACUUCACCUCCACACUCAUGGCUCUGAUCCGGACAGCACUGGACAUCAAGAUUGCGAAAGGUGGGGCGGACAGGCAGCAGCUGGAUUCGGAGCUACAAAAGGAGACCUUGGCCAUCUGGCCUCACCUGUCACAGAAGAUGCUGGACCUGCUGGUGCCCAUGCCCAAAGCCUCAGACCUGACUGUGGGCAAAAUCUAUGCAGCCAUGAUGAUCAUGGACUACUACAAACAGAGUAAGGUGAAGAAGCAGAGGCAGCAGCUGGAGGAGCAGAAAAAUGCCCCUAUGUUCCAGCGCAUGGAGCCAUCGUCUCUGCCGCAGGAGAUCCUCGCCAAUGCCAAAACCCUGCCCUAUCUGCAGCAGGACACCGUGGCGGGCCUGAGUGGCCGGAGUGGAUACCCUUCGAUGAGUCCACUCUCCCCGCAGGAAAUAUUCCAGUUGGCAUGUAUGGAUCCAACCGAUGAUGGACAAUUCCAGGAACAACAGUCUCUGGAGCCAGAGGUUAGUGAAUUAGAAAGCGUGCAGGCCUCUAACCAUGGCACCUACCUUCCUCCGGACACCCAGGAGCACGCGGGAUCUGGGAGGGCAGCCUCUAUGCCACGCCUGACGGUGGAUCCCCAGUUUACCGACUCAGAAAAGGGUUUUUCUAGCCUUUCUUUGCUGCCUGCCUCUCAGAGCACCUGGUGGUGUGCCAGGAGAAGGCAGAGUUCCUUUGGCUCGCAAUCCCAGGGAGCGUCGAAACACCUGGGGACAGGUUUCUUUAUGUUCAGUGGCUCAUGUGGGCCCAAGUGUGAUCAGUUGUCUCUUGUAGGCCACAAGUCUGACACCCACCGCUCAGGAGGCAGAGAGCGGGGACGCUCGAAGGAACGAAAGCACCUUCUCUCUCCUGAUGUCUCCCGCUGCAACUCAGAGGAGCGAGGGACCCAGGCCGAGUGGGAGUCACCUGAGCGUAGAGAGUCCAGGUCACCCAGUGAGGGCAGGUCACCGACCCCCAACAGACAGGGCACCGGGUCCCUGAGCGAAAGCUCCAUCCCCUCCAUCUCUGACACCAGCACCCCAAGACGAAGUCGGCGGCAGCUCCCGCCAGUGCCUCCCAAGCCUCGGCCCCUCCUGUCCUACAGCUCCCUGAUGCGGCAUGCUGCCAGCAGCCUAUCUCCCUCCGCAGACGGCAGCGAGGGUGGCUCCCUGCUCUCGUCCAAAGCGCUGGGGGGCAACAACAACGCUUGCCUGACCGAGCCGCUGCCCGACUCCCCGCACGUCAAGCAGAGCCAGCAGUCCUCCCCGCAGCGCUACAUCUCCGAGCCCUACCUGGCCCUGCACGAAGACUCGCACGCCUCGGACUGCGGCGAGGAGGAGACCCUCACCUUCGAAGCCGCCGUGGCCACGAGCCUGGGCCGGUCCAACACCAUCGGCUCCGCCCCACCCCUGCGGCACAGCUGGCAGAUGCCCAAUGGGCACUACCGGAGGCGAAGGCGUGGGGGGCCCGGGCCUGGCAUGAUGUGUGGGGCUGUCAGUGACCUCCUGAGUGACACGGAAGAAGACGACAAAUGCUAGAGCUGCUCCCCCCUCCGAUGCAUGCUCUUCUCUCACGUGGAGAAAAUCAAGACCGAAUUGGGAAGCCUGUGCGGCCCGGGGGGGAGGAAGAGGGAGGAGGAAGGCGGAAGGACACCGUGCUUUGUCAGAGGAGAGGACGCGAAGGACAAAAGGACAACCAGUCGAACCCACCAAAUUGCUUUUAUUUCCCACUGCAAGAUGGGCACUGCCAUAGUUCUGCCUUUUUGCUGGGGAAAGAAAACGCGGGGGACCCCGAGGGCCCUUCCCAAGGAGGAGGGACAGACAGGAGGACGGCUUUGCUUCCCUUUGCCCCUUCCCACUUUCCUCGAAACUGGAGGGAUCCAGCUGGCCUGUGGCCAGUCACGUGGCCGCGAGAACCCUGGAUGACAUCACCCACCGGGGGAGUUGUGGAGACCAGAGGGGCGCCAUCCCGCUCUCAUCACACACUUGCUCCUCAGCCAGCACCACUGGCACCAGGGCGAGGGACGGCGGCAGCAGCUCAGGCCUCUUCCUGUGGCUGGCUUCCCCGGAGACGCACGGGCAAAGUGCGGGAACCUUGGGUGGGUGGCAGGGGGAGGAGGCAGAGGGAGGAAACACCCCAAGUGGAAGGAGCCAGGGUGCUGUGAAGACAGCAGCAAGGGCUGGUCUGGGUAAACAAAGCCAUAGCCCAGAGAGCCUCCCACAGAGGGCAAGGCGGGUUCAAGAAGUGGGGCGUCGGUGGUGCUGUUGGGGGUAGCUCUCCAGCCCUGAGACCUCUCCCCCGCACAGUAGGUGCUGUGAGUGUCAGCUAGGCUAGGACAGGCUAAGGACGCCCCUUAGGGCCCACGAGGUGCCUGGAGCUUUGGCAAGGAUGAUAGUGAAUGCAUUUCAGAGCCCGCCAGGCAGGGGUGGAUUGGGGCACCAGCGCUGGGCCCUGUGUAUGCCAGGCAUUAACCCUUUUGAUGCUGGCCAUGGGAGAACCCUAUGCCGAUAGGGUGGCAGAAGGCACGGGGCUCAAGUAGGAGUCUGUCAGCUGCAAUCGAAGUCAGUCAGUAGGCGUGACCGGGCUAAGCCACAAGGGUGCAGGCAGGCUGAAUGACUGCCUUAGACUCAGGUCCAGAAAGCCAAGCCGAGGGCCUCUCUACAAAGUGGCACGGUUAAUUUUUGGGUCAAGGCAAGCGAUGCCAAGUGCCUGAGGCCCAGCUUCCUGGCCACUGCCCAGAGAGGGCAGAGCAUACGUGUCCAGGGCGGGCCACACACCAGCUGCUGGGACUUUCGUACAGAAGGGCAAGGCAGGCUGUGGGAACAGUCUGAGAUGAGUCUGAGAUGGCGGAGGGCCUCCGGUGAGCGGGGACCUUGAUGCUGGCAGCUUCUGCAUCUUGCCUGCUGUCCCCGUGCUCCGAUGUCUUUAGGGUGACUAGUUAAUAUACCUCAGCUUAGUCCUGGGCUCUGUGUGCAAGCCAACAGGCCAUGGUGCGGCCACGUCACACAAUAUGUGACCCAGAUAGUUUCCUGGGCCAGGAUGGGGUUCAUAUCUACCCAAAGUCAGAGGUGGGCAAAAGACAGCCUCAGGCCAAUUAUGUCAUUCCUAACCCCCCGACCCCCCCACAUUGAGGGGCAAAGUCCCUUUCCAGGCUGAGCAAUGCUCCUUUAGGCUAUUUUGUUAGACAAAUCUCUGCAUUGAUUUGGGGCAAUCCUUGGAAAUACACAUUUCCUUAAGUACUUGCCCUGCCCCCAAGACCAUCACAUUAGAGGAGGAUCCCGAUGGAAGGCCUAGCCCUAGAGCCCCCUCCCAGGCUCUUCUGCGGAGACGGAGAACCACACCUCCUGGAGGUGUCAGUGAAUACAGCCCAAGCCCCUCCCCCAGCUCAGCUAGACUGCCUCGUGAGCCCCUGUGCGAUUUCCUUAAAAGAAGCCUCUUUUUUCUUAGGAAGCUGUUUCUUUUUUGUUGUCAUCAUCUUGGCUGAAAUAGAUGUAAGGUGUCAUUACCCCUGACAGCCAAAUUCAACCUCUUGGCGGCUGAACCACUUGUUGUGGACCCUCCUUCCCUCCUAGGUAUUCCGGAGCUCCGUGGCCCAAGGUCGGUAGACCCCACACCAAAGUCGUCCCAGGGCAGAGCUGCAGAGACCGCAGCCUCCCAUUCUCAGCCCCGCUUCCCCGUCCAUCUCCUUCUAUUCAACCUGAGUGUGCUCGGGCUGGCUAGACUCUGAGUACGAAAGCGGGUUACAUAAGACUAGCGAGGACACUGGCCCUUGAAUUGUCUCUGAGCUUCCUUGUGCUCAGCGUCAUUUCAUGCCCAAGUGCUGCUCUGGGCUGCUUUUCUUAGGAAACUGCUUUCUUCCACUCUGGAAAUGCAGCCUUCCCUGGGGACAGGCCUGCCGCAGGCCAGCCAUUCCAAGCGUGAGAGUCUAUUGCGUGGUGUUCUGGGUGAAUUGAAGUGAUGCCUUGUGCCAUCCCAACAGUAGGCGACAUCUAAGCUAGCAGAGCAAUGAACAGAAAUGGGAUUUGCCUGCAAACAACAUUAUAAACACGGACUCGACUGUGCUAGGAGUGCUUCCUGCGUACCUGACCACCUGGAACAGAGAGAGAGAGAGAGAGAGGCAUUUGCGUUCUAGGUGAAGUGUCAUGCACAGCAGAAUGUCCUUGGCCUAUAAACAUAUUCACUGCCCUCAGUCAGUAACCCUAUGGACCAGCAGAGAACCGCCCCUGUGGGUUUCUGAGACUGUAACUCUACAGGAGUGGACAGUCUCGUCUUUCUCCCACGGAGUAGACCCAGGAACUUAUGAACCCUUUACUUAUUUACUUUUAUUCCAAUUUCUCCUACUCACUAAGUCUGGUUUAUUCUCCGCUAGCCUGAACUUAACCUUCUCUUAAGAGCAGGAAAUAAAAGAGAAUCUGAAGAGAAGGAUAAGUCGUGGAACUCCUCCUUAUCAUCCUCUUGAGAUCAUUAUUGCUGCUGAAGAAACAUUUGCUCCCACUUCCCACUCAGCUGAUUAGGACCUUCCUUCCUGGGUAUCAAAUUCUGCCACGUCUUUCCUUUUGAGUAUCAAAACCCAGACUGCUCUUUGACAUUGAAAUGACGUCAGCAUCUUGGGAAAUCCCAGGUGGAAGAGGACUGCUUCUAGUGUUUGAGCUACCCACUGCCAUUGAGCUGAUUCUGAUGUAUAGCAGCUCUCUGGGGCAGAGUAGUAAAAUUGCCCCCCUCUGGGCUUCUGAGAUGAUCGGGGAGCACGCUGCUUCAUCAUUCUCCCAGGGGCAGCUGGUGAGGCCAACCACCAGCCUUGAGAUUAGUAGUGCAGUGUAUCCCCCAUGACACCACCAGGGCUCCUUUUGAGAUCCAUACCAUGAUCAAAUUCGGUACCUGGAAGUUCCAUUAAAAAUGUUUUAGCCACAUCUUUGAAUUCCCUUGCUAUUGCUCAUCUUCAUUAUUUCCUGGAAAUAAAGAGAGGAGGAAGGAGAAAAGGAGGGAAAGUAUAUAUCAAGGCAUGGAGAUACUUGUUCUAAUUAGUUUUUUGUUUAGAUGAUGUUACUUAAGGCUCCAGAUAGCGUUCUAGUGGGGAAUAUCUCUCUCUCUCUCUCUCUCUCUCUCUCUCUCUCUCUCUCUCUCCUAGAAGGCAGAGUACCACCAGACAUUCAGACAUGGAGGUAGAGCUACAGUCAGUCUAGAAUUACCUGCACCAUGAAAAGACAGUGUGCUCUUGAGCCACUCAAACUCCAAACUUAACUGUCAUUGAGUCAAUAAUGACCCAUAGUAACCCUAUAGGACAGGGUAGAACUGUCCCGUGAG